GUAUAGAUUGGCAGGGACGACCGCUAUAGAUUGGCUGGUACGCCCGCUGCGUCUAGGCUCCUACGUCCCCUCCAGUCAUUCCACGAACAAGCCGCCGCAUUUCAAUACUUCCAUUGCCAACCUGGUUAUCCUGCGAGGAAAAGAUGUGCACAGUGUGGACUUGGGAAGUUUCCGAGAUCCCUCAUUAUACACAUCGUGGCUACACCCUCAGGACACUUUUAACGCGUGGAAAACACCCAGAGCAUUUAACAAGUACGAGAAGUCUGCUGCUUUGGUCAGCAAUAGCCAGUUCUUGCUGAAACCGCUCGACAGUGUUGUAGGAAAAGCUUGGAAUAUGUUUGCAUCCAAAGCCUAUAUGCACCAGUAUACGAAAUUCGGAAUCGAAGAGGAAGAUUUCCUGGACAGCUUCACAACCCUGGAACAAGUUAUCUCCAGUUACACCACCCUUUGA